GCGAAAGCACACAAUCGUUGCCUUCCGAUCUCGACCUCCCUGUGACACAACACCGGAACGAACCAGAAGUUUCGAACCACCCCGGUCGACAAAACAGCCAAAACCGCGGCAACCCUUUGGUGCCAGGAUUGGAGCCCAAAGUGACUUUGCUUUCCCACCGGAGAAACGAAUUCCGACGAAGUCCGAGACGAGACGAAAGCGUGCCCAGGGUCCGGCUUUCUUUUUCCAUCGAGGCCAAACAACGUUCAGACAGCGAAUCCCUGUCACACGUUCUUCGCUAGCUCACAAAACAAGCCGGAGUGACUUUUCCUUUCGAACUUUGAACCAAGAUGGUAGGUACUUCUGCGCAACUAGUUCGGGUUGGURCAAGCUAUGCACCAUCGGAUCUUGGACGCACCCGAACAAUGCUGCGGAGACAGGUGAACUAGCACCAACCAAGCCAUCCAUACACGCACUUUUCUAGCCACAGCAGCCAUAGCCUGCAAGACUCUUCGGGGUGGACGGCAACAAACGGUGGUUGAUUCGGUCAUGACGACUACGGGCCGUUUGCGAUUUGAACCAUUUUGUUUCUCACCUCUUUCUCGUUCUCUUUUCCUCCGUGCGAACACUCGGUCUUCGAACGAAUCGAAACGACGCAACAACCACCACCGCCACCACCACGAAAGCCUCAAACCAAGCGGCGAUUCGCGGACGACGAUCCGUCCGACGACGAGGUCGACGACUCGGAGGAGGAGGACUACCAGGUCCCGAUGCGCGGGGGAGGCAAGGGCUUUCGGAUGCCCGGCGGCAAGGGUAUGGGAAAGCAGCUCCGGUACGCCCCCCCUCCGGACGACGACGACAGCGACGACGACGAUAGCGACGACGAUGACGACGACGACAGCGACGAGGAGGAAGCACCCGCCCCCAUUCGUCCGGUCCAGCGAGGAGGAGGCAAGGCCCUGAUGCGGCCUUCCGGAGGCAAGCAGCUUCGACCCCCGUAAGUACACCGCAGCGCGGUGCGAUGCGAUGCGAUGCAUCGCGAAACGCCAACCUUUUGUUUGUUGUGGGAGACGCUUUCCGCUCUCCGUUUCGAUGGAAACCACAAAUCUCACAACGCGCUCUCGCCUAUCCCCCGUGCCCCGAUCUGGUAUCGCCGCAAAAGGCCCCAAGACGACGACAGCGACGACGACGACGAGGAACUGGAAGACGACGACGACGAUGACGACGACGACGASGAGGRAGAAGCGCCGGAGCCCAUCCGCCCGGUCUACCGCGGGGGAGGAAAGGCCCUGGCGCGGAUGAGACCCCCGUCGGACGACGAGGACGACAGCGACGAUGACGAGGAAGAAGCCGAACCACCGCCCCAGGCACCCGUCCCGCGGGGAGGAGGAAAACAGCUCCGACCCCCGCCUYCCAGCGGUGGCGGCAAACAGCUGCGCCGGCCGGUAGAGAGCGACGAGGAAGACGAGGACGAGGARGAGCAGCAACCCACGCGGAUCAUGCCGGGAAGGGGUGGCGGGAAGCAGUUCCGACCUCCCCCCAGCAGCGGAAAGCAACUCCGCCGGCUGCAGGACAGCGACGACGAUGACGACGACGACGAAGACGACGAAGAGGACGAGAAACCGGUCCAACCCGUCCGUCCGGUUCAGAGGAGUGGAGGAAAAGUAUUCAUGGGGGGAGGCAAGAGCUUGCGUGCCCCCAUACAAGACGACGAUGACGAUGACGACGACGACGACGACGAUGAUGAUGACGAGAACGACCAGAUGAUGACCGCUGCUGCUCCCGAUGAGGAAGAUCCCGAAGACGAGGAAGAGGAAGAGAAGAAGCCUGCCGCCAAAGGAGCCGACAAAGGCAAAGAAAAGGAAGACGACGGCGAAGACGACAUGGACGUGGAUUCCGACGAUGACGACGACGAGGAAGAGUUCCAGGCCGAGUAAGUUACAAYACCUGGAUUGUUUUUCGUGSAGUCUCGUCCGAGAAUACCAUUUCUCGGGYCGAGUCACGGAAACUACGGAAUGAUUCCGUGCYUCCCCACCGACUCUCUUGCUCACUCACCCGAUCUCCAAUUUCCUCUACUGCUUUGCCCACACAGAACCGAGCCCAAAAAGACGGGGCGUCCGACCCGGCGAGCCGCUUCCCAGAAGGCGGCACCCGAGCCCGACGACAUGGAUGAGUCCGACGACGAAAGCAGCGAGGAAGAAUUCGACAUGGACAUGGAAACCCUGGACCAGACCCAGCUGAUCAAGGACGAGGGGGACAGAAAGUAUCUCGAGUCUCUGCCCGAGAUCGAGCGCGAGGCCAUUCUUGCCGAGCGUUUCGAACAGCGCAAGAACGAGCACGACAUGAGGAAAGCCCUCCGGGAGACGAAGCGAAAAGAGCGGGAGGAAAAGAAGGCACUGGACCAGAAGAACGACAAAAAGCGGAAGGCACCCGCUUCCGCCAAGAAGUCCAAGAAGAGCAAAGACGAGGCGACGUCGAAGGAUGCGGAGGUCGCACAGGCCCUCGCCACCUCUUCUCGGCGAUCUUCUACCAGAGAUCGCGAUGCUACUGGGAAGAAAGACUCGAAGGCCAAGGCCCUGGCAGCACUCCGUGAAGUAAGUACGACGUUGAAUUCUUGUUUUGUUUCGUCCUUUUAUUUUUUCAUCGUCACCAAAGCUUCAUUUGCACUUACCAAUUGGCUUUGUCAACUCUUUCACAGGAGCGCAAGAAGGUCGUAGCAAAAGAGUCUUCGGAGGACGAGUCUGACUUUGGGGAAGACGAUUCYGACGACGAUUCCGACGACGAUUACGAGGAAACACUUGCACCAUGGCAAAAGAAAGCGCAAGAGACAAGGGCGAAGAAGAAAACAAAAUCACAGCUCGAUCAGUACAAAGACGAAGACGAGGACGACGAGUUCGAAGAAACYCGGAAGCCGACGUCCACGAAGGUUGUCAAACCAGCCGAACUCGACGACUAUUUGCUGGUUACUAUUUCGAGAAUGAGGCUGGGUGAAUGGUGCAACGAGCCUUACUUUGAAAAGGCGGUCUUGAAUUGUUUUGUCAAACUAUUUAUCGGAGAGAACGACGAAGGAAAGCGAUGUUAUCGYCUUUGCCGCAUUGUCGCAGUCGAUAAAUCGAAGCAGCCGUAUUCGCUGCCCAAAACGAAAAAGAAGAAACCGGUCACGACCGACAAGAUGCUCAAGCUUGACUUUGCUGGAACCAGAAAGGUAUUUCCAUUGAGAUUGAUCUCUGAUAAUAAGGUAACGCAAGCUGAUGUGACCCAAUACGAGGCGGCAAUGAAGACUGCUCGAAAACAAGAUGAAUUGCUCGGUAAACUAGAAGCCAAUAAGCUUCGACGAAAACGAGACGAGCUUAUUGACAACUUUACGUAUACCACCGAAGACAUCGAGAGAAAGCUGAAAGAGAAAAAGAUGAAGGGUCCGUCUACUACCAAUCUCGGUUUGGAACAAACUCGUGYAGCGAAUGCUAUCCAGGCAGCACGGGGCGCUUUGCAAGAYGCCAAGGCUMGAUUAGAGGAUGCGAAAGGAGGUGCAGAAAUCCAGGAUGCAAAAGAGGAAGUGAAACUUGCCGAGGAAAACCUCGAAAUCAGAUUGGAGCAAGAGAAAAUGAUUUUGAAGAAAGUCAAGUGGCGUCGAGAACGGAACAAAAACAGGUCGAACAACUGGGUGGACGUGAACGAAAGGGCGAACAAAAUGAAUCGUUUGGCAGAUGUAGGUUUGGACAAAGCCAAGAACAAAGCCGCGGCAAAGAGUCCCUCUGGCACUGUCGCGUUUAACCCGUACGCACGCCGUAAGGUGAAACCUAAGAAUUUGUGGCAAGUAGGACAAGGAGACGAGAAAAAGGAGAACGACGAGAAGAACGAAACCGAGGAACCCCCGACCACAAAGGACGGGGCGGGGCAAAGCAACGGAGAYCUCAAUUCGAGUUCAACUCCUCCUCUUGUUCAAGAGCAACAAGGGAAAGCAGCAGCUUUGAGCCAAUCGCAUCAGUUUGCUAUUGAUGAGGAGACGUURGCACAGACAUCAUUUCUUAGUGGUAUUGGGGGUCUCGCAUCGAAGAAAAAAGCAAAGAAGCGGGUUAGGAAGGGUCUGAGCCUAGCUGAAUACCUGGAAGAAAAGGCUGCUGGGACGCUCUAAUGCAGAUUGAUUUGUUGAAUGAUUUGUUCGACCUMUCUAAUWAUACAUCACAUUACUUGUAUGAUUUUACUAGUAGAAAGGCGUGAGCUGAAAAAGCAUAUGAAUUUUGAAAACUGUAAACGCUCGUUCACWUGACAUUAAUAUAAUGCUCGUCGGAUAUAUGACUGCAAGAAAUUGUCCGUCGAAAACCAAAGAAAAUCUUAAAGAUUCAUUGUAGCGACGACUCCAACUGCUAGUGACAAAACGAAGGACAACUUGUUUUCACUGGCUGCAGAGUUGAUAGAGCUCUCGACAGCAUUGACUUCUGSCGAUGGACUGACACCGGAGACCGCAACUCUGACGUUUUGCCCAGAUUCACACCUUCUGCCAACGUCCGUAGCAAAAAACAGCUCAUUUCCUGCGUCCUCAGCUGUAAACGUAUAAGAGGCCCCAGAUGCAUAUCCUACUAGUAUGGCGCCCUUUUCAUCACAA